GCUGACCUAGCCGGCUGCACCCUCCCGGGACUCCGCGGUUCCCAGUUGCCCGGACAACAAGAAGCCGGCAGGAAUCCAGCCUUCCCGGCUGGCCCCGCCCCCGGGAGCUUCGCCCUCCUGGAUUGGCUGCCAGGGCCGGGCUUCUCCUUAGGCUCCACCUACUUGGACUCUCAGCCCCUCCUGGACAUGCCACCUAAGACCAAAGAAAAAAGGAGAAAAACUGGGGCACAGAAGAAAAAAAAAGAACUCGGGUUCUGGGCAGAUGCGGAGGCCGAGGCCAAGCACAGGCUGGUGUUGCUGGAGAAUGAGCUGCUGAAAGACCACUUGGCUCUGUGGAGGGAUGAGGCCCGCCGAGCCAAGGCCUCGGAAGAGCAGCUGAAGCAGAGACUGCGAGGAUUGGCAGCCGAACUGCAAGAGGCCCAACGUGAGGGCAAGGCAAUAUUUACAGAGAUGAGCCGCCAACAGCAGGCCCUGCAGGGGGAGAUGGAUGCCCGCAGAGAGCAGCUGGAAAAGGAAGUGAGACUCCUUCGGCAGCAGUUAGAAACCUGCCAGACAGAGGCUGAGGCCUCGAGGGAAAAGCUUGAGCAAGCCCUGGGAGAACGAGACCGGACCCUGGCCCGGCUUCAGGCCCAAGUGACAGACAUGGAGGCCAAGUUCAAGGAAAUCUUGGACGACAGCCUGGACCUGCUCUUGGCCAAGCUGAGAGCCGUCAAGCCUCAGCGGGACGAGGCUGCACUGGGACUUCAUGCCAGGCACAAGGAGCUGCUGCGCCAGUUUGACCUCAGUCCCCUGGAUCUUUGAGGCUACUGACCUCUAGUUUCCAAGGCCCAGCAAUAAAGUGUCUUGAUGUGGAACAGA